GUUUCCAAGGAGACGGCGGAGAAAGUGGAGGAGGCGCGGGUUCGUAAGGGGGCAGAAGUAACGGGACGUACAAGGUGAAGGAGUCAUGUAGGAAAGUUAAAGGGUGUUUGUAAAGGACACUUGCUGUAAGAGCAGCAAAGUUGGUUUUCCUGCAGCCCACAGCCUGAGCCUUGAACACCCCACUGAGGGACUGACCAAAUGAAAGAUGCCACCCAUGGCCUAGCCAUCAAGCACUGUUGAAGCGUGUGAACACACUUGCUAUGCUUCUGCCUACAUGCCGAUCAAGCAUUCCUGACUUAUACACAGAGCCCCUGACUUCAGGAAACUGUUUCAUGAUUUGCGAUCAAGCCGCUUUCAAUAAGAAAAAAUAAUAGAUGGGUACCAUGAAUGUAUUUUCUCUAAUAUUUAGAUUAAAGAUUAUCUGAACUAUGAACAUACUGUUUCUGCGGUUGAACCCUCUGGCAGCAUGGCAAAUCCACAGUAUAGCUGGCUGAAGCCCUGCUGCGGCAGAAGAGCCACUGUGUGGCAAGCUUUCCUGCUUAGUGCCGGGGUAAACAGCUUCCUGGUGGCUUGUGUGAUUCUGGUGGUGAUCCUAAUGACGGUGGAACUUCUGAUAGACACUAAACUCCUCCAGUUCUCGAGUGCACCUCAGUGCUCAGGAAUCAUCCACUGGAUCAGCCUGUCAAUUCUGUCCAUGUUCUUUGUUGAGACGGUUUUAAGAAUUGUUAUUCUUGGUAUUUGGGAGUACAUUGAAAAUAAAGUUGAGGUGCUUGAUGGGGCAUUGAUUAUUCUCUCAUUGGCUCCUAUGGUAGCCUCAACUGUUGCAAAUGGCCCAAGCAGUCCAUGGGAUGCCAUAAGUCUUUUCAUUUCCCUGAGGAUAUGGAGAGUGAAAAGAAUUGUAGAUGCUUAUAUGUUGCCUGUUAAAACGGAGAUGGAGAUUGUGGUGCAGCAGUAUGAAAAGGCAAAACUGAUACAAGAGGAGCAGCUGGACAGACUGACACAGAUGUGCCAAGAGCAAGCGUUUGAGAUUAGGCAGCUGAGAGCCCACCUCGCACAACAGGACUUGGAUCUGGUAGCAGAGAGAGAAAGAGCCUUAAAGCUUCCGCAUGAGCUUCAAAAACAAAAUGAACGCUUCAAGGUGAUGCCAAAUUCUGAUGAUGAAACAACAGAAAACAUCACAGAGCUGGCUCAUGAGGUAAUCACGAAGGAUGACAUGAACAAUUACAUCACACAGUAUUACAAUGAACCGAGCAGCGAGAGUGUCGUUCCUGGUAACUGCAUCAUCACUACAGCAGCUAUUGAUGUUCAUCACCCCAACAUAUCAUCAGACCUUUAUUCUGCAGAAGUACAAAUCACCCCAGAACACAACAGCACCUCAAGCAGUAUAACCUCAGGAAGUGUUUCCAGAUCUCCAGAAAGUUCAGAAACACUAGCCCAGAGUAUUAGCAGCCAGGUCUUCUGUUCUUCCACAGACUGUAGCACAAGGGAGGAGUCUACAGAUUAUUGUCCUCUGGCCGGAACAACCAGACGCAUAGUAAAUAAUGCUCAAGAACUCUCAUCCUCUUUUUCAGAAGAUGUAUCAUUCCUUCAGAAAAGCCUCGAUCCAGCCAACCUUCAUUUGCGUAAUCUUGCAGGGCCAUAUAAAUCUAGUCCCAAACAUGGUAAUAAGAUGAACAUUUACCAUCCACAAGGAUUUGGCAUGUUUCAGGACAAGUCAGUAAUUCCACUAAACCGCCCUCUGCUAGAAAGUAAACCUAUAGAUGCCGAGUUAAAAUGUACUAGAAUUCCAGAUUCAGCUAGAAACAAUUCUUGAGUCCAGUUUCAUGGCUAUUUUGGAUAGUCGCAUAGUAGAAAAAACAAAUGCUUAUCAGGGUCAUGAAUCUUAGCAGCUAAAGUCACGGAGCAGGAUUCUAGAUCAUUCACUGUGACAAGGAGCAGAACUCAAGCUAUUUUCUUCAUUUGGCAGUCUACAUCAGCAAUCUAAGAUUACUCUUCUCAGGAUUUAUGCAACAGUCUAGAUUGAUUUUUUUCCCAUUUGACCUCAUAUAACGGUUUACAAAACAUGUAAUGCAUGUAUUCAGGAACAAAUACAAUUAGAAGUACUACAGGGGGUAUAUUUUCUCUACUAUUUGCAGACACAGAUAUUUAUAUGUCUUGAAUGGGGAGAAAGUAUGUUUCAGUGUUGACACAAUUGUCAAUUAAUUGUGAUCAUAAACAAAUUUUGUACAAAUGCUGCAAUAUUUUUCAAUGCACAACACAUUUUUGGCAGUACUCAAUAUGGAGAUAAUAAAAGCAACUUGAACAAAAA